GAAGAGAGCGAGGGUGGGAGGAAAGGGGGGAAGAGAGAGAGGGAGAGCGAGAGCAGUGACCAGGAAUAUCAGGAUUUAAGAGUGCAUGAAUUACAGCUCUACAGCGGGUUACGUUACGCAAGAGCUGUCGUCAGAACAGGGGAUCACAGGGAGCCGAGAGAGAAGGAAAGCAGAGAGGAAGGCAGAGAGAGAGAAGGGACAGAGGCAGAGAGUAAAGAGAGAGAGAGUAGAGGGAGAAAGAGAGAGAGAGAAAGGCAGGAAACAUAGAGCAAAGCAGGGAGCAGAGAUUGCAGGGACAGGCAGAUUACAGAGGGGCUACGAUCCACAGCGCACCAGCGACAUGGACAACACACAGACCUCUUUGUCUCCACUGAGGGAGUGAAGAGACGAGACGAGGACUGGGAAGAGGACCGGACACUGCGAGAGUAAGUGAUUUGAAGAACACUGUGUUUCUGCAGCUUUUGCUGGGACACCUAGAGUGGCGGGACGGUAGAGUGUCAUCUGGCCAUGAGAGAGUGAGGGAGAAAGGACAUCUACUGCUACUGAGGACAUCUUGGUAUCUUCCUCUCCAGCCUGUCCCCAUGUCUAGAGGAGGGAGGCCCCUGGGUGGGUGGGCCCUGCUGUGGCCCCUGGCAUGUGCACUGGCCCUUGCUGCAUGCUCGUCGGUCAGCCCCCUCCUUGCUACAGAGACACAGACUGAGGUACGGACACAGCCAGAGCUUCAGACAGAGGCACAGACACUUGCAGAGUUUCAGACCCAGCCAGAGCUACGGACAGAGGCACAGACUGUGGCACAGACACAAACAGAACUACAGACACAGCCUGAGCUACAGACUGAGGCACCAACAGAGUUAGAGUCACAGGCAGCUACCAGCAACUAUAAAGGUCUGGUGUGUGUGUCCGUGCUGCCCCCGAGGCGCGGGUCCUUCUAUGUGGAGCAUGGGACUGGGGUGUCGGUGGGUACAGUGCUGGCCUUCUGGUGCAAGGAGGGCUACCAGCUGGUGGGCAGUGAUAAGAUCUCCUGCAGAGUCCGGGCAGGCAAACCCCAGUGGAGCAACUUCCUGCCAGUCUGUGAGGCCAUCCCGAGGCCAGAGGACCGGGGUCUUCGUGUGGCCGUGUUGGCCUCUGUGGUCAGUGGCAUCGUCAUCCUGGCCAUGUCUCUCUCCUUCAUCAUCUGCUGCCUGCAGGAACGCACUGGGAAGGACAGGGGCACCAGGAGGGACGUCAGGAGCAGGCGUAGAGACACGCGGCCUUCUCGGCGUAGUGAGUGCUGGCUGGAGAGAGAGGAGGGGGACUGUGACACCUUCCCCCCUCCUAAGAUCUUCCACCUGUCCCAGCAGCCGGACCUCCGGCUGGCUGCAGAGAGCCCUGUUUACCUGGGGGGCAUGGCUGGCUUCGACAACCGCGGAUACCAGAGGAGUCAGGAGAGCCUACUGAAGGCCCCUCUACCUGGUCUGUUCCGGGCGGAGAGUCAGAUGAUCUACCCCCACGUGGUGCUCCAGAGAGUCCCCACCCCAACCGCCCCUACGGCCCCUACGGCCCCUGUCUACCUCCACAACAUGCCCUCCAACUCUACCUGCAGCCCUGGAGGUGCUCCCUCCCAGCCACACCAUAUGCCCCCAUACCCUACCCCGCAGUAUCCUAUCCACAACUCCACCCCCCAGCGAGUUCCAUGGCAAAUGCACUCCCAUUGAACUGUUACUGUCCCCUCUCUCUCUCCCUCUCUGGAGGUCAAGGGUCAAGGAGGAAAGAUCAAAUAACACACUCUUCCCUAAUAAGUGCACUACUUUUGAGCAGAGCCCUAUGCAGCUAACCUUAUACAAGCUUUGGUCAAAAGUAGUGCACUACAUAGGGAAUAAGGUGUGAUUUGUGAUUUGAGAUCAGCCCUCAGACCCCUGUGAGCGAGAUGCUUCUACUACUGCAAGGAUGGAUAGAUGGGACACGUGUUACUGUACAUACUGUAUUAUACGGACAGACAGACAGACCAGAGGGUCUUUUCCUGCACUUUCUGACUCCUCACCUUUCUACUGUUUCUAGUGUAUCUCUACACUCCAGAGGAGGUUUUUGUAUCUCUACCAUUCUCUCUGUGUCUCCUGUCAAGACUUUUGGUCAUUUUGUGGUGUCCUACAUUUUCACAAGAGCUUACUUCCUAUUAGUCAAAGCCACCCUCAGACCGGGCCUAUCAGGACACAUUUAGCUGAAGUCUACUUGUUGAUGUCACUGACUGAAGACUUUGAGAUGUUGUUUGGUGGUGGUCGCCAAAGUCGCAAACCGACCAAAGAAGAGAAUGGACUUAGCUAAGGAAAGUGGAUACAGAAAUCGUCCCCAAAACCAUGUAUGGGUGUAUAAUAUAUUAUUCUUAAAGGUCAUGAACAGUCAAAAUCAUGUUUUUCAUGAAAUUGGAUGAUAUUUGGAUGAAACCAGAUCAAAGAAUGAUGACCAAAUUAUGAAAAAUUACUGUUUCUUCUACACUGAUUAAGUUUGAUCAUAAAGUUACUGGUCCCCUCCCCCGUAUCAAACAAUUGGAUUCGGGAGGCAGGAUUAUGAAGGGGAUAGGGUGACAUCACCCUAACACUCUCAUUUUAAUACACCAAUGGUAACAUAAUACUCUUUUACCUAAUUUAAAUAAGUACCGCCUUGUAACCAACA